AUGAGCAAGGGCCAGCGAGAGUACAAGGUACCAGAGCGGGAAGUCCCCGUUACCCUCGUUAUCACAGGCAGCAACUCGUUCGGAUUCAUUACAUCGCUGUCGCAUGGUCCAGGUAACUGGAUGAGAUCGAUUAAAGAACAGAUUAAGCACCGCAAGCUAGUCCAAGUAAUCAUGCCGGGCACGCACGAUGCAGGUAUGAGCAAACUUACAAACGCCUUUAUGUCAGGCGGCGCCGAGUCCAACACGCAAAACCAGAUGCUUAAUAUAUACAAUCAACUGAGAGCUGGAUCACGCUGGUUCGAUUUGCGUGUUUCCAGUGUGCAUCAGGUCGUCGAAGGCUGUGGUAACUACAAGUUCUGGACUACCCACCUAGGCGACGAGAUGGCUGAGGUACCUAUUGGCAGAUCAGGCGAGAGAUUUGACGAAGUCAUCAAAGAGAUCAACAAAUUCACUGACGAAAACUCUGGUGAGAUCAUCAUCUUGCAGCCCAUCUACUGGGAUAAGAACAUUAAAAAUAAGUUCUUCGAUAAGCUCAAGGAAAUCAAGAAUCGCUGCCCAAACAUAAAUGAAGGCUCGUUUGAGGAUCUUGAAAUAGGGCCUUUGAUGGACAUGAACGAUGGCAAGGGCUGUGUGCUCAUCUUACUGAACACAAAGCACCUGGGCAACAAGAUCUCUGAUGCGAGAAAGCAUAUUUCACCUGCCGAUGGCAUCUACAAGAAAGACGCAAUGAGCUGGACGGACGCUUGGCCUAAAAAGGAAGAUACGAAAGAGAUGGCCGAGUGGGCGAUUGACGCUUGGCAAAAGAAAACCAACUUCCAUCUAGGCCAGUGGAUCGUCACGCCACACUUCCUUACUUCUACGUUCACCUACAGCCUUCAAGGAAUUGCCGUUCUCCCCACGAAUCCGGCAUUGUACUGGCGAGGUGUUCAUGAAAUCCCCCCUGAAAAGUUUCCUAACGUCCUUAUGGUCGACUACAUUGGGAUGGUGCUCAUGAACGAGCUUGAGUGGGACGCGCUGAGCGCUGAGCUCUACACUCUGGCCACUGGUCUCAACUUGUACCCCAUCAGCGAGAACUGCAACAUCAAUCCAGAAAGACGAUCGCCCUUACUUCCAAGCUCGAAGAAUUCGAGGGUGCCUUCCAACCCUCUGGUAUCGCAAUUCAACGGAGUCAUCUUCGCUAACGGGACGACUAUUGAGCGUCCACCUCCUGGUUUCCAUCCGGGGCGUGUGGAGAUUUUGAGAAAUGGGACAGUGUUUAGGAACGGUACGAUUUUAGAGAAGAGUGUGCUUAACCCGAAUUUCAACUCUACAUCAUUUUAA